AGCACCCGCUGAUAUUUCCAGUCUACAAACCAGCGGACUUAUUUCUGCGCGCCCGCUGCGAGGUGUCGUAUAACACAAGGUCACUCACUCAAGACCGAUUUGUCGGCUGCGCCAUUUUGGGCUGCCUCGACUCUGGGUUGGAAAAUGAGGCCACAAUUAUAAAGACCAUGGCGGCGUGGUACAAACUGAAAGAUGACGAUGACGCACAGCUGGAGGGGCGUACGUACACGUCACCCGCUCAGAACGUCACCCUGGUGUCAGGGCUCUGUCGUCUGCGGGACGAGGAACUCCUGUGCGACGUCACGUUGGUAGCCGGAAGGGUCUCCUACCGAGUUCAUCGCGCCGUCCUGGCCGCGUCUAGUGACUACUUCCGGAUCAUGUUCACCAGCGGGAUGAAGGAAAGUUCAGAAGAUACCAUUACUCUAGAGGGGGUUUCACCAGAUGGGUUGAGAAGAGUGAUUGACUUCAUGUACACAACCACCAUCACCCUUACCGAGAACACCAUUGUUGCUACACUGGACACAGCCAAUCAGCUCCAGAUCCAGCCGGUCCUCGAGCUCUGUGGGGAGUACAUCCUCGAACAGAUGGAUGAAGAAAAUUGCUUCGACAUUCUGCGAGUUGCGAACCUGUACGGGUUGAACACGGUGGAGAAAUUCGUUGGAAAGUUCGUGUUAGAAAAGAUGUCGGAGACGACUGAAUUCUUGGACAUGAGCGAAGAGAGCCUGACAGCCGCGCUGACCAAUGACAGGCUAGAUCUGAAGGAAAUCCAACUCUUCGAACUGGUGGUCAAAUGGCUGAAGCACAAGUAUGAAGCCCGGAAGAAAUACGUCGCGAAACUCAUGCGUAAAAUCAGGUUUCCUCUAAUGACAGAAUCUGAUCUUGUUCGUAAGGUGAAGUACUCCGAGAUAAUGUGGGACAGCCCUGAGUGUAAGGAGAUGGUGAAGGAAGCGGCGGACUACCAUGCCUACCCGUACCACCAGAACACCAUGCAGUCGGAGCGCACUCGGCUCCGCUACGGGCGCCACGUCGCCUUGGCCGUGGGCGGCAAGAUCAAGAGGGAGGGGCCGCUGGAACAAUGUGAUUCGGUCCUGUGUUACAAUAGGGACACCCAUUCCUGGGAGGAGCUGACUCGGCUGCCGGCCCGGCUGAAGAACCAUUCUAUCACGUCUGUAGCGGUCAUGGACGGCUUCCUGUACGUCUGUGGCGGGCAGAACCAAUACGGCAACGUGGGGAGACAUAUCCUGCGGUCUGCAUUCAGAUAUGACCCAAGGUUCGACGAGUGGCUGCGGCUGGCGAAUAUGCAGCAGGAGCGGGCGAGUUUCGCCCUGGGCGGGCUGGACGGGAAGCUGUACGCCGUGGCGGGGAUGGACGAGAACGGGAACCUGCGCACUGCCGAGCGGUACGACCCCGUCUCCAACUGCUGGUCUUACGUCACGUCCCUCUCCACCAACCUGUCACAUCACGCAGGCGCGGUGAUGGACGGGAAGGUCAUGAUCACAGGCGGCUUCAAUGGCGACGAGAUCCACAACCAGCUGCAGUGCUACGAUCCAAAACAUGACAAAUGGAUCCAGAAGUCUUCCAUGGUGAUCGAGCGGUUCGGCCACACGACCGCGGCGCUGGGGAACCGGCUGUUCGUAAUGGGCGGGUGUAACUGCACUCCUGAGGGGCACAUCGUGGACGUGCUGGGUCUGGAGGGGUACAAUUUGGACACAGACCAGUGGUCCAUGGUGGCGCCCAUGAUCACAGGACAGAGCUACGCAGGUGCAGCUGUGCUGGGCACGUCCAUUUACAUCGUGGGGGGUUGGACCAGGAACGACAAGAAGGUUCACAAGUGCGUGUACGCGUAUGACGUGGAGCGGGACGAGUGGCGCAGGGAGGGGGACCUGCCCGAGCGCACCAUGGACCUCAUGGCGUGUGCCAUCACUCUCCCUGAGGAGAGGAUGACGAAAAAUACCAAAUAGAUGAAGAAAACACGUGAAAACUUUUUCAGAUCCAUGUAGCAGAUGAAAAGUAACAAGCAAUCCUGUUGAGGACAAUAACAAGUAUACAUACAUGUACAUGCAUAUCAAAAGAUUAUGCAUCAAACAAUAACCAGCAUGCUCAUUCGUUCUUGACAUUUAUGUGAGAACCGAUGAUGUUGUAGACACCCAGCCCUUGAACAGACAAGAACAAUUAUAUGUCAAAUAUUCAUUUCUUUGUAUAUGACAAUAGUGCCUAGUGAAUAUCUAAUUUUUCAGAAGGUGAAAUUGUUUUUAAAAAGUUCCCCCCCAAAUCUCGAAAGAUCACCUGAGUUCUGUAUUGUUCGACAGAAUGCCACUAUGUAAGUAUACAUCCAUCUUGAAAUGUUACAAGUAGCUUCUGAGGAAUAUUUUAACUUACUAAAUAGGCAACCAUGGAGAUGCUUACUGUUUGUAACGUACGUAUAUUGUUUCAACUGCUGAAGUGUUGUUGAAAUGACUGUGGCGCGAAACGUUUAAAGGCUCAAAUGAUUGUAAGAGUAAUACUCACAGUGAAAGUGCUCAAUCACAGGCGUUAUCCAUUCAUAGUCAGAUAUAUUGGGCAAGCCAUUGUAACUUUAAAGGUCCACGAGUCAUCGUAGAUCUUGUCUAUGUAGAUCUUGUUACAUGUAAUGUAGUUUAUAUAUGGUGUUUUACAAACUUUUAUUGCUGCGCUAUUCCAAAUUGUAAAAAAUGUAAUAUAGAUGAGCUGAGUAUUAUUUA